AUGACGCAAAUGAACAAACUCACUGACGGUAAGACUCUCUGUCUGGGCAUGAAAGGAAUUCACUGUGUAAAGAGAAAGGAAGACGCUACUCACUCGAAAAUGAAAGACGAAGGCAAUGAGGAAAAUCUACUUCUUUCGUCAAUGUCUAUCCGUUUGGGUAUUUACUUAACAAGGCUCGAUUACAUUGACCUAUUGGAAUCUCAACUAGGUCAGGAGGGGCAGUCUAUUAUUCCAAUCCAACAAAGACGACCGGGGAAUAGUAGCGAAAUCCUCAACUUCAAAUACAAUGCGAGCUGGGACGGGGUUGCCUUAGCAACAAUGGUGUACAUAUGCCAGGAAUCACACCAUAGCCGGAGUCGAUCGAGUGAGGAAAAACCUACCUACCUUGGGGCAGGGCCAGAUCUUGAUGUAGAAAGGAGCGAAAGCCACUCGACUGGUUGGAGAGGGGCGUAG